AUACUCCGGUAUUUUGUUAGAAGACUGUAAAGUUUGAAAAUAUAUCGCUUGUUUUUACAUUACACUACCAUAAAGAUAAACUUCAAGGUGUUACAGCGUUACUAAAAAUAAAUUAAAGUGUUUAGGAUAAUUAAAUAUGAAUGUAAUAGAUAGAGUGGAAUCAGCGAAGCACACUUUGACUGGGUCUGGGAUUUCUAAAGCUGUAGCUAAAGCAACCAGCCAUGAAAUAAUAGGUCCUAAAAAAAAGCAUGUCGAUUAUAUUCAUAACUCUCUUGAAUAUGACAAUGUUAGCAUUCCUAAUGUGGCAGACAUGCUAUUUGAACGUUGUACUAACUCUAGUUGGGUAGUUGUGUUUAAAGCUUUAGUUGUUUUUCACAAUUUAAUGGCAAAUGCAAAUGAAAAAUUCAUUCAAUAUAUUGCUUCUCGAUCGACAACAUGGAUGCUUCAAAAUUUUUAUGAUAAAGGAGUUCAAGGUUAUGAUAUGUCACACAUUAUCAGAAGAUACUCUGCAUAUCUCUCAGAAAAAGCCAUAUCAUACAGGCUGGCUGGUUUUGACUUCUGCAGGGCUCCGCGAGGUAAAAAAGAUGGUUUGCUAAGGAAUAUGGAUACUGUAAAGUUGUUGAAAACUUUACCAAUUAUUCGUAACCAAUUGGAUGCUUUAUUAGAGACUUCUAUGUCAGCAAAUGAUUUAACCAAUGGUGUUUCAACAGCUGCAUUUAUGCUACUAUUUAAGGAUUUGAUUCGUUCAUUUGCUUGUUAUAAUGAUGGAAUCAUAAAUUUAUUAGAAAAAUAUUUCGAUAUGAAAAAAGCUGAUUGUAAAGCUGCUCUUGAGAUUUACAAGCGUUUUCUUGCGAAAAUGGAAGAUGUAUCAUUAUUUUUAAAAGUUGCAGAAGAAGCUGGAAUAGAUAAAGGUGAAAUUCCUGAUCUUGCUAAAGCACCACAGAGUUUACUAGAAGCAAUGACCUCUCAUUAUCAAUCCUUAGAAAAAGGAAAAACUGUUACGACUGGAAAACCUAUUACUUUGGCAUCAUUGAAUCUAGAAACAUCUGAAUUUGUAACAAGCAAUUCAAGUAAAUCUUUGAAUGAUUUAGACACUGCUGAUGUAUACUUGGAGCAAGAAAGAAAAAUGUUAGAAAUGUUUGAAAAGCGAAAAAAAGAAGAAACUAAAAAUAUGGUUCCACAACAACCAGCUACAAUAGCAUCGCGUUUUCAGUCUGACCAAUCCCAAAAUCCUUUUAGUCAACCUCAACAAACAAUGAAUAACAAUACAAAACCUUCUGAUGAUUUAAUGUUGCUUUCAGUUAACUCGUCUGUUUACCAGCAACCACGACUACCAAAUCCAUACAUGUCUAAUUCUAAUUUCAAUGUUGGAUUCAAUGCUUUCGAUUUAAAUAGUGCCUUCAAAAAUCAACAAUCUACUAGUCAACCUAAUCUUCUUGAUGAUGAUAUUUUAACUCCAGAAUCAACAUAUACAUUUCAAAAAACUUCAAAUCCAGCAAGCAAUUCAAUUGGAUUAACAGGAGAUCUGAAUAAAGGCUUAGAGCGUGUUGCCCAAUCAUUAGACGGUCUAAAUGUUAAUCCUAACACAAUGAAGGCUAACACAAGUAAAGGUCAUCAAUGGAAAGCUCAACAAAAUACAACAAAAACAGGAGGCUCCAACUUUCAAAUGAAUUCUGUUGCACGAUCCACACUCCCACCUUCAGCUGCUUAUGGAAUAUCUCCAAAUUUAAUGCAAAAUCCUGGUUAUAUGAUGCAGUAUAGAUCUCCAAUGCCACAAAAUUUUGGAAUGCAACCGCAACCAAUGUAUGGUUAUCCAGUCGUCCAAUACCCACAAUCACCAAUGCUUAUGCAAGGUAACAUGUUAAAUCAAAGACCAACCCUGUCGCAGAACAACUUUACAAAUAAUUCACCAUUUAUGUAAAAUGGUAUUUAUGUAUGAUUAUGAAAAAUAGAGAUCGAACAACAGUAUUAUAGGUUUUAUAAUUGUGAAUUUUAAAGGGUUCAUAUAUAGAUUUUUUGAAAAUUUGUAAAUUUUCUACUUGGCGUGUUUAUCCAAAAAAUAAACCAAAUCGGUUGUUUUGUUUUUGUUAUUUUAAAAACAUGAUAAACUAGAUAACAUUUGAAAAAGGUUUUGUGUAAUUCUUUUGAUUACAGAUAUGUAGUUUUACACAGAUAUAUAGUCUUUAAUGCCAUAAAGUAACCUUAGUAAUUUUUUUUGGGGUUUUUUAUAUUUUUUAUCAAACAUAAUUGUAUAACUAUUAAUAACAUUACGAGACUUUAGCUUAAAUAAUGUUUGAGAGUGUGAUUUAGUACACGAGGUAUGUAGCAUUAUUAUAUUUAGAUUUUCAACAGUGGAAUAAUUUUAAUCUCGAUUUUUUGCAGCUACUUUAGAAAGUCAAAUGAAUCUACGAAUCGUUUCAUCAAAACUGUUUUGUAAUUUUUUCAUGAGAAUUUUAUGAGAAAUUCGUUACGAAACACAGUUAACAUAGUUGUGGAAAAUUUUUAAUUUGAACUCUAAAAUUAUCAUUUUCUUAUGUUUUGAAUUCAAAUUUAUUACAAUGUUAAAUUAUAAGUUUCAAAUUUUAUAUUAAUAAUUUUUUAUGUUUAGAUAUUUUCACUUUUUAUUAUUUAUUUUUCUGUUUCUUGUUUGCAAGAUGUUUUGUGUUAAUGAAAAUUUUUCUGUAUUUAAUUAUAAGAUUAAAUAAAUGUUUUAUAGACUU